GAUGCCAAAUUUUAGAAUAUUUACAGCUCUGUCAAAAAGAUUUUUGUUUAAUAAUUAUUUACCUUCAAAAUACAAUAAAAGGUUAAUGUCUACCGAAAAGAAAACCAAUCUUUUGUUUAAUGAAAAAUCUCCGUAUUUGCUUCAACAUGCAACAAAUCCUGUUAACUGGUAUCCAUGGGGAGAUGAAGCUUUUAAAAAAGCGAAGAUUGAAAACAAGCCAAUAUUUUUAUCAGGUUUUUAG